AUGCGCGCGCGCCGCGCCCUCCUCGUCGCGGUCGCGAUCGCGAUCCUCGCGCUCGCGCGCUGCGGCGCGUCGGCGAGCGACGCGCGAGCCCCCGACGCCGUCGCAGACGUCGCAGACGUCGCGCACCGCGCGUCCGCCGCCGCCGCCGCCGCCGCCGCGUCCGCGCGCGACGACGACGACCGUCUCCCUCUCGCGCGACGACGACGACGACGACGACAGCGAGCCCCCGCGCGCGCGCUCCUCCAGGUGAACAACCCCGCGGUCGCGACCUACUGCGACUACGCGACGGCGAACUGGAGGUGCGCCGCGCUCGCCGUGACCGACGACUGCGCCGCGGAGAAGUGCUGCGUCGCGAGGUGCGAUUUCAUCACACUGGUUCCCAUACGACCGCGUCCGCGCGGUGAACGCCGAUCCUUAAGGACUUUACCUCCCGGCGUCUCUCUCCGCCCAUCACCCCUCGCUUUCAAACCCGACACGCCUCGGCGCCUUUCAACUCCUCCAUCUGACGCCUUUCAACUCCACCCCGAUAUCAUCGCUCGUAUGGGCAAUGACCCUCAGCGCGAACUGCCUCUGGCACAACGGGACGACGUGCGCGGUGGACCACGGGCUCGUCGUCGACGCGAUGUUGGAGGCGCCAGGUGA